UCUCGCGCUCUCUCUCUCGUUUUCCAGUCACUUGUCACCAGAGGAGACUAACGGAACCCGUUAGACCGUAAAUUAUUUGACAGUUUAAGUUUAAACUUUUUGAUAGCGUAAUUUGGAAGGAGUUUAGUCUAAUAAUAACUCUCCGUGUCCACAUUUAGGACUGAACUCGCGCACUGUCUCUUUAAGAGGGUUUACCCACCGACCUCCUGUUGAUCCGACAGUAUUUCCCCACACAUUACUGUUCUUCUGUAUCCCCUGCCAGUGUCUCUGCGCUUUACUUCAUUCAUAACGGUGUAUUUAUUUAUUUAUUCACUUUGGAAACUUGAAGCUCAAACAUGGCAGAGGUAGGGAAAGGAGUCAACGCCGGGAAACUGGCCAGUAAUGUACAGAAGAGGAUAACUCGAGCACAAGAGAAGGUGUUGCAGAAGUUGGGAAAGGCGGAUGAAACAAAAGACACAGCAUUUGAGGAGGAAGUGGCCAAAUUCAACAAGCAGCUGGCUGAUGGCACCAAAUUGCAGAAAGACUUGAAGGCAUAUAUGGCGGCAGUGAAAACCAUGCACGAGUGUUCGAAGCGUCUGCAGGACUGUCUGGCAGAAAUGUAUGACCCUGAGUGGUUUGGCAAAGAGGAAGUGGACUCCAUCGCGGAGGAGAUGAUAGAGAAAGAAAUGGAUAAUAAUCUGGAGGACACUGACCUCCUGUGGCAAGAUUUCCACCAGAAUCUUGUGGACAAUGCCCUCAUUUCCAUGGACACAUAUUUGGCUCAAUUUCCAGACAUAAGGGCUCGCAUCGCUAAGCGUGAAAGGAAGCUGGUAGAUUUUGACAGUGCCAGACAUCAUUUUGCCUCUAUACAGAAAAGCAAGAAAAAAGAUGAGGCCAAAAUUGCCAAGCCUCUGGCUCUGGUGGAGAGGGCUGCUCCCGGCUGGGCUCAGGGAAUAAUUACAGCACACCAAAUCGCUCAAACUAACCUCUCGAGAAGCCAGGCUGAGGAAGAGUUGGGCAGGGCUCAGAAGGUAUUUGAGGAGAUCAAUUAUGAUCUCCAGGAGGAACUUCCCACCCUGUGGGACAGUCGUGUUGGCAUCUAUGUUAACACAUUCCAGAGCGUUGCCGGCCUGGAGGAAAAAUUUCACAGGGACAUGGGCAAACUGAACCAGAAUCUGAGUGAUAUUAUGACCAAACUGGAUGAGCAGCGUCUAGCCAAAAAAAGUGUCCCAACAGCAAGCACUGGGAAGAGUGAAGAAGCAGCCAAUCACAACCUCUCAGAGUCUGGGUCAGAUGCCCCUAAAUCACCAGCAAAGUCCAGAGAAGGACCGCCGGUGUCACGGCCGCCCAGGCCGGCUUCAUCUCAGGAGGUGAAACAGGACAACAUCAUUAACCUGCUUGAAGAUGCGGUGGUGCCUGACAUUAACUGUUCAACCCAGCCACAGGAGGCUUCAUGGAAGCCUGAUCAGACCCCUGCUGCAGACCCCUCCCAGCAGUGGGACUUGGAUGAAGAAGCUGCCGCUCAGACUUACGGCCAGCAGCCGUGGGAGGAUGAGGUUGCUCCUGCCGUACAGCCGUAUGAAGCUCCCCACUGGGGUGAGCAGAACAGCGUGUCUGCACAGUCAGGCUGGAGAAGUGAAACAGCUGCGCCUGCGCAGCCAGACUGGGAGGACGAUGGUGCAGAGCGCUGGGGCAAGGAAGGGUCCCAGGUAGGGCAAAUGCAAGAUGUAGAUACAAACUGGGGCAGCGGUGCAGUUCAGGCUUGGGAGGCGGAGUCAGAGCCGCCUCAGUGGGAGGAGCUUCAAAGUAAUGAAGUGCCAACCGUGACAAAUGGCUCAUCAGAUGGAGAGCUUCCUCCAUCUGUUCUCUAUAAGGUGAAAGUGUUGCAUGACUACGGAGCAACAGACAGCGAUGAACUUGAUCUGAAGGCUGGUGACAUUGUGUAUGUGCUUCCCUUUGCCAACCCAGAUGAACAGGAUGAAGGCUGGGUAAUGGGCGUAAAAGAGUCACACUGGCUUCAGAAUAAAAACCUCCUAGCUAAAGGAGUCUUCCCUGAAAACUUCACCCAGAAACUGUGAGCGGAACAGUCCUCUCAGAAUCACCUACUCUUAUACUUUGUUUUCUCACCACUUUACUGUGAUAAAAUUUUUAUAAAACAUCUUCAAAAAACAAGGGCUUCUCAAGCAAAAAAAGAAAGAAAGAAGCUCUAUUCUACAUACUGUGGUCACUUGGGGUAAGAAUAAACAAUAAAAGGCAUUAGAUGAUAUUUGCAGCAGCAUGUUUUACACAACUUCAUGGAGUAAUAUAGGCCACGUACACACUGCAGCCUUGUCAGUUCAUCCUUUAAAGCCUAAUUCUGAUCUGUCUACACAGUUCAGUAAUUUACAGUGACAACCACAUUUACAAAACUUCUUCGCAGUUUUUAUACAACUGAAGAAAACAACUAGAUGUUAAUGAUGUAUAUGUAUACUAGAUAUGUCGCUCUGCUUUAUGCACAGUGCAUGCAAGUCACAGGGAAGGAGAUACGCCUAGAAACUUGACUUGCAUAUGACUUGCCAGGUCUUGCUAGAAAAAAACAGCAAACAAGAACAAGCAAAAAUUAAACCUAAAAAUAACCCAAAUGAUUUAUAUUGGAAAUAAGACAAAAUAUUGCAACCUGCACCUGAAUAAACUGGAUCGCUUUAUGAGCGAAACCAUAAGCAAUGUUGCCAAGUCUGUGGUUUUCCCGCAGAAUCGGGCUACUUUAACACUCUUUCUGCGGGAUGUUUUUCCGUGUCCACGGAUUGAAGUGACCCCAAUAACAUGAUAUUUAGCCCCUGGACUUCUUUCAGGGGAACCCCGCCAAACAAACUUGUUUUUUUACCCCACCAGAACACGAUUUUUACCGGGAAUCCCCUCUGAAAAGCGAUUGGGCUAGUUUUGAGUAGCAAUUGGGCGGGUUUUUCCUGUGAAAACUUGGCAACCCUGACCAUAAGCCCAAAUACACUGAUAAUAAGUGGACAUGGCAACACUGCAAGAUCAUGCUCUUUGAAGCAGACUAUUUAAAAAUAAACAACGCCUCUUUCAACAGUAAUUUUGUUACAGUUGUUGAAUUUAAUGAGUAUUUGGUUGCUGUAGUAUUACUUAAAUAAAAAAUAGCAGAUACUAAACACGCAAGACUCCAAAACGUUAAGAUUACCAUGGUGCCAGUCGUCGCAAUUUCAGCACUGAGUACUGCUCAGUACACACAUGAAUUGAUCAUUUAUGGGAUUCAGUCCAGUAUUUUAAUGGGUUGUCACUCCUGAAGCUUUACAGUGUGAACAUGCCCAUGGACACAAUUAAGACUGAGGCCGAUUUGAUUGGUUUUUGUCAAUGGGCCAUUUUGGGAAGAUAUAAGGCAUCAGAUUUUUUGCCCUAAACUGAAUAUGACACAAAUCAAUCAUUGUAUUUCAGUGAAAUCUUUUACUCUAUUGUCAACAUGAAAUUACUGUGCACAAUUCUUCAGUUCUUGUUCCACAUACUGUAAAAAAAAUAAAUGUGUUAGAUGUUGUUUCCAACAAGUAUAAAUAGAAACAAAUAGCAUCUUGAAUACAAGUGCAAAGAGUGACAGAUGCUCUUCACACAAAGUGUAAAUAGAAUACACGUUUUGUACUAAAGGUAAAAUAUCCGGUGGGCAAAAAGUUUGGCUUCCUGCAUAGCCUGCUGAUGUCACAAAUCUCUCUCGGUGUAUCUCUCAAAGCAAUCAAGACACUCAAGUCCUGAAGUCCAGUACACAGUAUAUUCUGUUUUAUUCAGAAAUAUGCCAUAUUUCAGGAAAAAAAGUGGGAGUGCAAACUCCAUUUAAUGUUGACUUUAAAAUCAGGGACAAAUGAAUCUUUUGCUGGUUUUAUUAUCUCUAGAGUCUCCUGUACAUGUAGAGCCCCUUCAACCCCUACAAUAGCUUAACAUGUUGUUUCCUAGAUAGGGUUUCUAGCACUGCACUGCAUGUGAGGGGUUCAUCUCAAUAAACUUCAUAAUAUUUAUGUUUUUCUUUGUUCUGUUAUAAAGGUCUUCGGGUAUAUGCCACCAAAGAUUAUUGAAAUGAUACAAUGGGACAAACCACUGAGUUGUACUGUAUGAACAACAGUUCACUUGAAACACAUUUUGCAAUGUAUUUUCAAAUCUUUAAACAAUUUAAACAUUUGUCAUGGUUGCAUGAAUGUUUUAAAGUUCCUUUUAGAUGGGUGCACAAAAGCUUUAUUCUUAAAGAACUGGAGAAGAUCAGAUAUAUCUCAUUUUCAUGAUCUUACUAAUAUUGAAAAUAGAAAAUCAUGUCAAAAAUUUAGAUUUUUUUUUUUUUUUUUUGAUCUGGGAAAAUGUAGCCUGUGAUGCACUGAUAGGGUGGAAACACUGAAUGAACUGAACGAGAUUUAUUCACAUACUUUAUUGAGAUACAGUAUCACUCCACCACUGUAAUCUGGGCCAUAUUUUUUAUUUUAAAAGGCAAAAUUGUGCUCAUCUGCACCCGCAUCUGGUUAAAUGCCAUUUUUCAAUAGAAUAUGUACACUAACAUCUCUUUUUAAAAUUCAUAUUUCUAUUUAUCUAAAUAAUGACACUGCAUCCUUGAGAAAUGACAAUGACUUAUAUUCAGUAUUCAGCACAUUUAGCACCUGGUUGAAAUGCUAUAAAAUCAGGGCUGUUUUAAUGCUUAAUCUGUUAUCAAAUAUACAGGGAUCUGCUUCUGCCAAAACAGUAUAGAAUCUCCCAAGUAGAGUAAAUUAGCUGCUACUUUGUGAACUCCUAUGUAUUGUCAACUCUGGCAUUGUCAGUGUGUACUGUGUAAACCUAGAGUUUAUAUAAUAUCUCUCUCUGACCUGUUUACAUAUCAGCGCUGUAAUUUUCUUGCCUGGUAAGCUCUAUAUUUGAAUCGGUUUUGAAUAUAAAAAUAUUUAUCAGGCCUUUGAGCAAACAGCUGCAAGAGGUCUAGUCUGUUCACGUGAAUGAAAACUGUGUGAAUGUUGAAAGUGACUCCAACUAUCUGAAUGGUGAAGGUUCUGAUAUUUAAAACUGAGAUGUUUCACAUGAAAAUUAUAUACAUUUCAUCAGAAAGGGAAAAUGUCCUGCAGCAUUUUAGUAGCUUAGGAUGUUCUGUCUUAACAUGCAGUUCUCUGUAAGAAACACCCUGUCAAGAAGCCUUCAAAAAGCAUAUUAAAAUUAAAAUCAUACUGAACUUA